AUGAAGGGACAAUACAUACGUGGCCUUGUUAAAUUCAUUACUGACAUUCGCAACUUGAGGACAGAUGAAGAAAAGGAGUUUCGAAUAAAGGAAGAAAUCGCAAAGAUAAGAGUCAGCUUCGCUAGUCCCAGGCUGACGGACUACGACAAGAAGAAGAACCUGCUCAAGUUACUUUACAUUCAGAUGCUCGGAUUCGACAUCGAGCUCGGGUAUCUGGAGUCAGUACAGCUGAUGGCGUCGACGAAACUAUCGGACAAGGCGACAGGGUACAUGGGCUGUGAAAUUCUCCUCCGAGACUACGAGGAGGUGAUGAGACUGUGUAUAAACACGACCGUGGAGGACCUGAACGACCCAUGCGAACACGUGUGCUCGCUGGCACUCACGUUUAUAGCAAACAGCCACUCGCUGGAGAUGAACGAGAAGCUGAGCAACGAGGUGAUCAAGAUGAGUAUGCGCUUCACGUCGGAGAACGUGUACCUGCGGAAGAAGCUGCACAUGUGCCUGCUGAGGAUCUACAAGCUCAACCCGCAGCUGUACACGCCCAACGAGUGGUUCAGCAUGGUCUACCACAUCCUGCAGUCGGAGACGACCAUCGACUGCCUGCUCUCGAUCUGCAACCUGCUGGAGCCGAUUCUGAAGUUGAAGCCGCAGAACUGGGAGAUGUCGAUCGACAGGCUGGUGUCCUUCCUGUGGGAGAUCGCGAAGGACGAAGUGCCCUGCGAGCACACCUACUUCACAAUCUCCUCGCCCUGGCUGACGAUAAAGAUUCUGAGCAUAUUCUCGUCGAUCACGCCGCCGCCGAACUCAGAUUUCCUGCCGCUGCUGUCGAACUCGUUUAAAAUACUCCUGGAUAAGACGAGUAACCUGGUUAUUACGCGUCUGGGCCACAAGGAGAACAACAGGACGAAGAAGCUGAUGAACCUGAGCAUAUACAUGACGAAGACGGGCAUUUUGCGGGAGACGAUAAGGGCUGUGGUUAACUGGUUCCCGUACCUGGACAACAUAUCGCCGCAGUACAUCUGCAACUGCAUCAGGCACCUGUACACCUCGGUGAUGUCGCAGGUGAGGCUGGUGGCGCUGGAGAUCAUCGAGGACGUGAUCAAGAUAAGGGAGACCUUUGAGUUCAUCAAGUCGGACGCGGAGUUCAUAAUACACUUCCUGAACGACUCGGAUCCGACGAUAAAGAAGAGGUGCUGCCUGAUACUGUGCGGGCUCUGCGACGCGAACAACUGGGAGUACGUGGUGCCGGAGCUUAUAUCGACGCUGCGGUACUCGGAGCUCUCGAUCCAGGAGUACAUGGUGCCGCUGAUAUGCGAGACUCUGGAGAAGAACCUGCCAAAAAACGACCUUUACAUAGAUCUGCUGUUCAAAAUAAUCAUACACGCGCCGCUGAUAUCAAUCGACGCAAUAUCGAGUUUGCUACUGUCGGCGCUCUACGGAGAAAGCUCAAAGUUUAAAGAGACUGUUGUCGAAAAGUGUCUGUUCUACCUUCAGGACGAUAGUCAGAUCACGGAAAGUUUAUUGAGAAUUUGCGCAUACGUGUUGGGAGACUACGGGUACAUGUCGACCGAGUUUGGACUCACGGAGCAGCUGAAGCUGUUCGAGAAGUACUUCACGAUAGCGUCCUCGGAGACGAAGUGCGUGAUAGUAACUGCGUACGGCAAGUUUGCAUCGAGGGAUAACGCCCUCUUGAGACCAGUGGAGCAGUUACUGGAACAGCAGAUCUCGUCCACGGACGUGAACCUGCAGACGAGGGCCUGCGAAAUGCUGAAGCUGAUACGCACCAACCUCGCGCUGUUCAACGCGCUGCUGAAGGUGCUGUCGGAAAAACACAGGCCGCCGAAGAGGGAAAAGGCGCCGAGCAGCAGAGCCUCGAGUAGAGCAAGCGAUAGAGACGGCCACAUAGGCUCGGCGAGAGACGGGAGGAAGGCGGAGGCCCAGAGAGACUCCAGCAGGACCAACAGGCAGAACACUGACCCGAGGGACCACAGGGACCCCUAUAGGAACGGAAAGGAGUCGGCGAGAGACAGUCACAAGACGAGAAGGGACACCAUUGAGUCCAAGGACGCAAGCAGCCCCAGGGGCAGCGGACUCUUUAGCAACGCGCCCUGCCAGCUGCUGACGACCGACUUCCUGAGGGUGGACCUGGAACAGGCCUACAAAAAUCAGCUCUCCAAGGUGCUGGUCAGGCUCACGAACCUGUCGAAGCAGCCGUUCCACCUGUACGGGUGCACGCUGAAGUCGCCGCCGGAGCUCCAGGGGCAGGAGCACAACCAGCUGAGGGAGAUCGUUAUCAAGGCAGGUCAGACGGUGAACCACAAGCUGUCGUUCACGCUGAUGAACGAGGUCACGGAGCUGCCGAAGUACGUCAUCGAGCUCUCAAUUGAGCCUAAGGGCGAGGACGUGAGGCAUACGCUGCAGCUGCCGGUGACGGUCCACAAGUUCAUGAGCCCCGUGGAGCUGGAGCCUGCGGCCUUCACGAGGCUCUGGAACACGCUCGAGCAGGUGCAGCCGUUCGUUGUCAAGUUCAACGGUGACAUGCACACGCUGGCCAACAGCCUGGGAUCCCUGAACUUUGACGUGGUGAAGACUGGGGAUAACAUAUACGUCUCCGGAUUCGGGCUCAAAUCUAAGGAAUCCACGGAAUUCUACUGCCUGGGCAUGUUCACACUCGACCGAAGGGGAGGACUCGUGGUCAGUUACAGGGCGACCAGCAGCGUCUUGGCGCAAUGUAUAAUAAACUACACCAAGGUUCUUUUGAGGCAGUUUUAG